UCACCGCUCGGCGCUGCUCGUCAUCGACCCCUUUCACUGCGGCUCCAUCGCCGAGCGGACUGGCCCGCUGCUCUCAUCCGAGACCUCCGCGCACACUGUCGGAUCUAUCGAAGCACCAGCGCCGGCUCCCUGAAAGCGGUCCAAAUGCAGGCGAUCAAAUGUGUGGUGGUGGGGGACGGGGCUGUGGGUAAGACCUGUCUGCUGAUUAGCUACACCACCAAUGCCUUCCCGGGUGAAUACAUCCCCACUGUCUUUGACAACUACUCCGCCAAUGUGAUGGUGGAUGGGAAACCAGUGAAUCUGGGCCUUUGGGAUACAGCAGGACAGGAGGACUACGAUAGGCUCAGACCACUGUCUUACCCACAGACGGAUGUGUUCUUGAUAUGCUUCUCCCUGGUCAGUCCGGCCUCCUUUGAGAACGUCCGUGCUAAGUGGUACCCUGAGGUGAGACACCACUGCCCAAACACACCCAUCAUCCUGGUGGGCACCAAGCUGGACCUGCGAGAUGACAAGGACACCAUUGAGAGGCUGCGGGACAAGAAGCUCUCCCCCAUCACCUACCCACAGGGGCUGGCCAUGGCCCGAGAGAUCGGGGCAGUGAAGUACCUGGAGUGCUCGGCUCUGACCCAGCGAGGCCUGAAGACGGUAUUCGACGAGGCCAUCCGAGCCGUGCUCUGCCCUCCGCCCGUGAAGAAGAGGGGUAAAAGGUGCACCAUGUUCUGAGGAGGAAACACUGCUUAAACACUUACACUACAUCACCAUGAACAACAACAACAACAACAACAACAACAAACACUACUUCUCUGAGAGGAUGAGAGAGAAAACUAGUGAGAGUGAGUGUGCACUGCUGAGAUUGCUUUCUUUAUAUUGAUGUUUUUUCAAAGCGAUAUUGGUGACAAGAGCCAAUACUUAAUUGGAUUUUUUUACCAUUACUGAAUAGGUUCAUAGGUUCUCUGUGAAAGACAUUUACUGUCCACCUACUUUGUACUCUUAGAACAACAUCAAGUUGCCAUGAGGGCUGACAAAGGUUUCUAUUACUUGUCUCCAUACCACAACAUCUCUUCUUUCUCAGCCAUGCUUGCUUGAUUUAAUGCAGUGUUGACUUAAGUAGAAAGUGAACUGUGAAAACGCCUUCAGGUCUGAAGUUACCCUCAGCUCCUGAUCUAAGAUCAGCAUGUGAACACAAACUACCAGCAUGAACACGGAGAUCUGUUACAGUGAAAGAUGUAACACGACUUCCUGCAUUCACUAAACGUCACUAAAAGAGAGCAUGCUGUUUUCAAUGAUGUAGUUCUUAAGAGAUUAAAGUGAUGCCGUAUGUUAAAUAGAAACUCCAGUUACUCACUGAAUGAGGAUUCAUUUUGGGGUUUUUGCCCUCUUUCUGAUCAGUCUGAUGUUGUACUCACAAAAUAAUCACUAAGACUCAAGCUCCAGCACUCUUACUCAUUUUGAAGCCCACUAAAAGACUCAUUUGGUGUUUUGCCGUUAUCCUUUUUGCUACACUUCUAUACUGAUUGCAAGAUCUCCAUGGCAGAGACUAAUCAAUCACAAGCUAGCCAAAUCCCUAAAAAUAUCCUGCUUUAUUGUCAUUUGUGUCCAAACCAAGCGGCAACCUCCGUUCUAAAUAUAUGAGUCCAAUGUGGAAGUGCUAAAAGCUGCAGUUCAUCGAGGAUCCGCUUGAGGCUGGUUCCAGAAGUACCAGAAACCACAUACACACCAAUUCAAAGAGACAAUCUUCACAGCAGAAAUAAACAUGUUUACAGUCUGGUUAAAAAAAACAAGUGUAGUCUUAAUAGCUCAUUUCUCAAUAUUAAGAUUAUGAGUUUUCCAUUACGAGAGGCACAAGCUGACUUGUUGGCGAGGAGGCUCAAAGUCUGCCUCUUUACCUCACACUCGCUCGACAGAUGUUAUGUUGAGUUCAACUACUACAUGAAUUAUUAAUACAGUGUAUGGUCAUCACUUGAACUCCAAAUGGGAACGUAAAAUAAAAAAAUGUUGUAUUUUGUAUUAAAACGUCUUAAAACUAGUGAUAGAGAUAAUAAACUAAUCAGGAAAAUGUUUAGUUGAGGUACUAAAUUAAGUCUGUGAUUACUUUUUUCAUGAUAUGAUCGGAAUUGCAACCAGUGGAUUCGCCCCCUAGUGGCUAUUGCAGAGAACGCAGGUUUAAGAUAUUGGCCUCACUUUUAAGAGCUGACAGAUUGUCCCUCCUCUUCUCUUCAGUCUUGGGUCAAAUCAGAGAAAAUCAGGCGCAGGGUGUUGACUGCUCUUGUUCUCUGCAUUCAGACAUUUAAUCGAUUAUUUUGUGAGUACAAUAUUACUGAUGCUGAUAGAACUGAAGAACUGAACUGUGAAUAUGUUCCUCUAGAAACAUUGUGAGAGACCUUCCUAAAAGUAAGAGCGGAGAGACUCUUCAUUCUGCACAUAUUCUUGGUUUCAAGCUUCCCUUUGGCUCGAGUGUGAAGGCUGAUCUUUGGCCUUGUGAAGAGCAGUUUGACAAGUUUCAGAGCUUUCAGCCUCAGCAGCGUUAAAGUGAAAGACUUGACCUAAGACUGCUUUUUAAAAGGUCAAAACUCAGCCUUCUAGCUCAACUUGUGAAACUGAAAAAAAAAAAAAACAACUCAAGACCCCCCUCACUAGCUCUGAGACUUCAGUGUACCACCUCUGGGUCUUCUUUGCUCGUGAAGCUCAAGACAUGUGGAUUAAGUCUCUGACAAAAAAGUGAUAGGUUUUGUGGAAUAACUCUCACUGUUAACAAAGUGAAAGUGAUUUUCUUCCACAGUCUGUGCAGUCCGGGUCGUUCCUUGAAGAAGGUUCUUCCCAUAAAAUAAAACAUCUGAUCUGAGUCGGGUGUCUCUGGGUAACUUCAUCUAACUGUGAACAUGUGAUGGACGAGCAUGCCAAACGUGGGGGCUGUACAACCUUGCUGCCUGAGUUCUGCCUCUGGGGGCGGAGGAGCUUGCAUGGGUCUUAAAAUAUUCUGUCUUAAUUUAUCCCAUUGUUUAGAUCUUGUCUCUGUUCCUCUGUGUGUGAGUGUGUGUGCGGAUGAGUGUGUGUGUGUGUGAGUGUCACAGGCGUGUUUAUGAACACUGGUGUGUGUGUGGACGAGCACAUGUCGGUAUCAGUGAGACGGCUCUGUUUGACAGUUUGGGGUAGUGCAUAAACGACAGUAUUGUUUUAAGCCAAGUUUUUUAGUGUCCAGUUUUUGGUACGAUUUCAUAUUGUAUUGUAGUAAUACACAAGACUUUUCAAUAAUCUGUGGACAUAAAGAAAGAAAAAAAUGGAUAUUAAUGACAUCUGGUGAUGUACAGAAUAAUCCUUAGAAAAGGAAUGCGUUAUGAAUAUCUAUCUACAUGUACCUGAAUAUUUAGCUCUUAAAACUAAAACAAUUGAAACUAAAGGGAUUAUAGUCGCUCAUGUUGAAGUUAGAAGUGUUGCUAACAGUGUACAAUAAAGGAGCCAAUCUUUGUGGAGUUUGUCGCUGUGGCAAACAGUGCAGAUUGCACCUUUAUGACAUGCAUUUCUGUAUGGUUGCAGGCCUGCGGUGUGUCUGUCUCCCCCUUGUGGCGAGACGCAGCACUGCAGACCACUCCGUCACGCUGUCUUUGGUUGGCAUAGCAAACUGUGUGGUCGACUCGUGUGUUGUGGUCCUGCCUAAUAGCUGAGGUGUCCAAAUGUAGCUGAGAAACAGCGAAAAAUUCUAAUCUACUAUUGCAUGGAAGUUCUCUGGUUAUUUGACCCACUGUAAUUCUUAGGAGAGGCUGUAUGAUGAAAUGCAUUGGCCAUGUACGUAUGUAAUGUAAGAUGACUUGUAUACUUGUUCCAACUGUUUGUCUUAUUUUUUAUUACUUCACAUGUCUGUGUGGUGAAAUAUUUCAAUUUUUUGUAUACUAAAUACAAAUGUAUAUGUAAGGAA